AGCUGCUUAAAUUUUUCUGCGUUGAAAAUCGGAGGAACCGUUACCUACUGUCUGAUCAUCAUCCUUUCACUGGUCGCAAAUUCUCUCAUUGUUAUCAUCGUUUCUAAAACGCCGAACUUAAAAAAAACGAUAAACUAUUUUAUCGCAAACAUGGCCUCAUCUGAUUUGUUGUUUCCAGUAUUCUCGAUACCUUUUAAAUUGUCACUCUUGCACGCCAACUCGUUUCUUAUCGGUGGUCAGCUUGGUCAGGCCUUGUGUAAGCUUCUCCCUUUCUUUGGUAACGUUUCCUUUGUCGUUUCGAUUCAGAAUCUGAUUCUGACAGCAGUGGAUCGAUUUGGAGCCGUGGUGUUUCCACUCCGUUCCCCACUCAUCAGAUCUAAGCUGUGUCCCUUCCUCAUUCUUGCCACGUGGAUGUUUGCCAUAGUUUUUAUUUCGCCAGACUUGUUGGCCUUCGAACUAGCUGAAUACCCGGAGGGAGUCAGGUGUGUACGGAGAUGGAAGAAAGUAUUCGGAGAAUCCUUGUCCUUUGCCAGUUUGCUUCUAGCUUACAACAUUCUGUUUGCAUACAUACCUGAUGUUGUUAGUCAUUCUUUUAUCCGUAUCAAGCUCAAGAGAGAGUCUCAAUGGGGUGGUCGCUUUUACGGUUAACGGCUAAAAUUUUGGCUCUUUUACGGCUAUCAGUUAAUUUUAUUCAGUUACGGUUAACGAAAAAGUUAAAAAUUAACUUCUUUUGUUUCAAAAAGUUAAAUAUUAAUUAACCUGUAUUUUUUUAAUAAAGGUCUUCGGAUCAUCUCGGGAUGAAAUAAGCUAUUCUUUUGAAAAAUUUUAACAUUUAAUAGAUCAUACUUUUUAUAAAGUAUUGCACUUCAAAUAUUAUUUUACACAUAGAAAUGUCAAUAGUCAAUUUAAAAAUGAUCUUUGUGAAAAAGCAAAAGCAGACACGCGAACGCCCUAGCUCUAGUGUGAAAACGGCCAAUAACAAAAUUCCUGUGUCCAGUGUUUUUAAUGAUAGCGAAGGACUGUACAGAACGACUGUCUGCCGUUGCCUUGUCCAUAGGCCUCAUUAUUAUUGCAAUCGUAUCAGUGCUUGUGCUUUGCUGGUUACCUUACAAUACUAACCAUUUAAUCAUAGAGUAUCAGGAUAGGUCUGCCCAUUUCUCGUGUAGUUUCCAGAUAUACUUUGCUGUAACCUACUUUAUGAUUAACGCUUACUGUGCUAUCAACCUGAUUAUCUGCUUCAUGUUUAGUAGUAACUAUCGGCAAGGUAUUAAA